CACAGCUCCUUCUUCGCCGGCAUCGUACCGCUUGCAUUGUCCCUGUCUUCGCGACAAUUGCGCCUGAUCACAGCUUUGGGAACAGGCGUCUUAGUUGGAACAUCGUUGAUUGUCAUCAUUCCUGAAGGAGUGGAAACACUGUAUGCGGCAACAGGCAACACGCAUGGACACCAGGAGCGCGAAAAUGCGCCAGGAAGAGAAACGAAAACAGGCACAGCAGAUCGCGAACCUCAUGCAUGGAUUGGGAUUUCAGUCAUUCUAGGCUUCAUUCUGAUGUAUUUGAUCGAUACCCUCCCGCAACACGCGAGCAAUCCAGCGCAACCACAGAGAUUCCAUAUCAGUUUGAAUCAAUUUAGCUUGAACAGGAGAUCAGUCUCGGAAGAAAGUCCACCAGAACCGGACGCGGGCACAUUCGCUGGAGUAGAUCCUGAUUCGCACAGUCACACUUCUAGACCAGCUUCGACGACGAUAGGGCUCGUGAUACACGCAGCAGCAGAUGGCAUCGCACUCGGCGCAUCAUCCACGACUUCGAGCAACCUCAGCUUCAUCAUAUUCAUUGCUUUGAUGAUACACAAAGCACCCGCUGCAUUUGGGCUUACAUCGGUCUUGCUCAAACAGGGACUAUCAAAACGAAUGGCGCGAGCACAUCUUAUCGUGUUCUCGCUCGCUGCGCCGAUCGGGGCAAUAAUCACAUUUCUCGGUGUGCACCUCCUCGGCUUCGCGAGCGCGUUUGGGGAAAGUGCAAGUACAGAGUUUGCAACUGGCGUGCUAUUGCUUUUCUCAGGCGGCACGUUCUUAUACGUGGCAAUGCAUACAAUGCAGGAGAGCAGCUCGGCAAGGCACAGUCACGGGGAAGGGAUGAAUGGAUACGCAGGCGUUCCAUCGGACAAUCCUUAUGGUGCACAGAUGCCUUCAUCGGCCAAAGCGAGCGGACCGCAGCUGACAGACACGAUCGUGACUGUAGGAGGAAUGCUGUUGCCGCUAUUGACUCAGUGGGGCCACGCGCAUUGA